CCCAGUGGCAGACCGUCCAUCUCUUUUUAUUCUCUUCACACCACAGUAUCGUAUCGUAUCCUUCAGUUCUUUUUCUGCCCAACUACUUUUCUUUAUUACUGCGUGACGAUUCUUGAUGAGCGACGUACCUGCUCCUGGUUACCAGAGACCCGGCGGUCACGACGACUAUCCACCUUUUGGAGGAUACGAUGCAAAUCCAGAAAGUCAUUACAAUGCAUCAGAACAUGACGACGACCGCAGAAUAUCGAGAACUCCAAGUCCUACUCCCAGUGAAGAGGCAUUUUUGACGAGGAAAUCUGUAAUUAACUUUAAAGCAUUAACGAAUUGGAGGUAUUGGUUACGAAAAGAGUGGAUAUGGUACUACAUCAUAUUUAUCAUCAUCAUUGUUUUGGUUGCCCUCAUGAGCGUCUACGAAAAACAAAUCGUUCAUUGGAUUCAGCCCGCAGCCACUUGGAUGAAGAAUCUAAAAGUCGGAUUCCUUAUCCCCAUAGCAAUUUUCUUCAUCAUAUCAUUCCCCCCAUUGUUCGGUCAAGAAAUUCUUGCAAUUAUUUGUGGUGUCGUCUGGGGCUUAUGGGCUGGAUUUGGUAUUGUGUCUGCAGGAACCCUGUUAGGUGAACUCGGCAAUUUCUUUGCUUUCAAGUACUGGUGUGGUGCCAGAGGUGCAAAGAUUGAAAAGACUAGUAUAUUCUAUGCUUGUCUCGCCAGAGUUAUCCGAGAGGGCGGUUUCAAGAUUGCAGUCAUUGCAAGGUAUAGUGCUAUACCCGGUCAUUUUACCACUGCCAUCUUUGCAACUUGUGGCAUGAAUGUUUUAACGUUUACCAUUGCGGCUAUUUUAUCACUGCCAAAGCAAUUUAUGACCGUCUACAUCGGUGUACUCUUGGAAGAGUCUGGCACUGGAACUACCUCCUCAUCAAGCAAGACUGUCAGUGAUGUCGUUUUUGCUGUGACAUUUGUGGUUACUUCGGUGGCAAUGUGGUACAUCUUGCGGCAGGUCGCUCUGGUUAAAGUGGAUGUCAUCCAUGAUCGUCGUAAGGCUCGUCAAUCCAAGCUGGACCGUACAACGGGACUCUAUGGCACUUCCUUCGAAAGUACAAGCGUUUUUAAUCCAAGCGAAGCUGAAAUCCCCCUCAACCCAUCUGAUGCACCAUACGAUGCCCCUUACCAGCAAUGGGACGAUCAGGGCCGCGCAGUUGGAUACACUGGUGACCCACAAGUCUACGCUCCUCAGCCCCGAAGAGUCGAUAACCCUUUCGGAUCGGGGGGAGGAUUGACACCUAGUCGCACAGGCAGUAAUGCUGGCCAGACAAACACUGGUCUUGCGCAACCACCUCCUGGCGCGGCAGAACCUGCGAGGAGUCCUUACCGACAAGAGAGUACGGACACCGUUGGAUGGGAAAUACAAAAUAAUCCCUCUUCUUUCCCUCUCUCUCAAGUCGGCGGGGUUGCGUCGCCGCCUCCUAGACUCCCUCCCCUAUCAGAGCCGUAUGAGGAUCCAUUUUCAAGUUCUGUGACAUUGAGCCAGCCGACGUAUGCUCCACCUCCCGGACCACCACCCCAAUCUUUUGCGCAACCGCCAGCUCGGUUUACCUCGCCUACGGCUUCCCCAGUCAGCUCUCCUUCUAUGCCUUUGCCACCCUUUGGUGGGGCUCGAGGACCCAGCUCUCCAUCGUAUGCUUUCGGUGCUCCUGCUCAUAGCUAUGGCAGUAAUGCCCAGGGUGGUACCGGAUCUGCUGCACAGCGGACAUUUUCACCUCCGCCGCCCAGCUACCAGAGUGCAGACCUACGAUAAUAGGUGUGGAGCGCUAUGUAUCAUCAAAUUGAUUCAAAGUCUGACAUGUCCAUGGAGCGCUCGGCGUGUGUGUUUCCUUUUUGUUUUGUUCUAAUUCUACUUUACCCCACACUUUUGGACCCCGUCACGAGAUGGUCGUUUCUGUCGUUUCUGAUCCGUACAUGCGUUUCGCCACUUGGACUGUUUCUACUACAUAGUUAUACGUACGUAGACCUUUAGGCAUGGGCGUGAUUAUAACUUAUAUACCGACUUAUAUCGUCUUUUGGAAUUGCAAUGUCUAACUUGCUGUGGGACAUGAGUUUUAUGCAGAUGAGCGGGCCGCUGUAACUG